UGUCGGGUAAACCCUCGCCGGAGUCUACCAGCAGGAAGUGCAAACGCGCAGAAAAAGCAGACAGCAGGUGAUGAAAACAAGGAAGUAACCGCUGUCGCCUUGAAAAAUUGAGUUUCUCUCGUGUUUUAAGGGCAAAUAUAUCCGUCGACAGCUCUGAAGCAAAACCGAAAACCCCUCCGGUUUGUUGCUAAGGAAGUGAGCCGUCGAGCUGAGUCUCCACACCAUCUCUGAACAACUCACACACUAAAAGACUGUUUUUAGAGGAAGCACACGGACAAAGAUGGAUCACAAAGAGGAACCGCUGGAAGGAGCCGUGGGUCUGAAACAAGACGAUCUGCCGCAGAUGGACGGUUCGUGUGAUGCAUGCGAGCCUGACGAGGCCCAGCCAGCAGCACAAGUGUGUCACAUCUGCAGUUUUGCCUUCUGCCCUGUCCACGCUGACAGGCAUGCCAGCAGCACACGUCACACGCUAAUGCCUUAUAAAGAUAGAGGGAUGCAGGCAAAUGUUCUGGAUACAGACGGACACUCCAGAGUUAGGGGCGAAGCUGGGGAGGAGGAGGAGGAGGCUGGAGGAGAGAGUGCAGCUCAAAUGGCUGUAAAUCAAGAAGAGGCUCCACUUGAAGUGGCACUUGCUAAUGGCAAUGCGAAUGGGGAGGCUGAGGAGCGGGAACAGGCCCAGAAUUUUCCACCUCAUGAAGCUGAGCCUGGUGAAGGGGCUCAGGGUGCAGAAGCAGGGCCGGAGGCUGCUGGAGAGCCUGCAAAGAGAGACACAGUGACAGUAGAGAGGCUGCGUUGCAAGAAGCACGGAGAGGAAGGUUCCCUCUAUUGCAAGCCAGAUGAGCAAAUCAUCUGUGUGGUGUGCGCUGUGCAGGGUGAGCACAAGGACCACGAGAUCAUUACUCUGCAUGAAGCCUAUGUCUGGCAGAAGAGUAGGCAGGGUCAUGACCUUCUGGGCUACACACAGCAGAUGGCUGAAAGGAUCAAAGUCAAGUGGACCAGCACUGAUACGUCUACAGAUGAACUUGAGGAAUACGUGAACGACCAGUUUGAGGAGCUUCGCAGACUGGUGCUCCUGGAAGAGAAGAGGACUCUUCACCUGGUAGACCUCAAAGAAGCAUUCCUCACAGCAUCUGCUGCUGAGAAAAUUGCUCAGAUCACUUCAGAAACAGAAAAGUUGCAGGAAGAGAUGGCCAACAUCACACACCAGCUGUGCCUGCUGGAAAAGGCUGAAGCUGAGGCAAAUGCAGGAGGACAUGCAGCGGCAGCACAGGUUCUUGCUGCAGUGCCAUCCCCAAGAGCACGGCACAACGUUGAAGUCAGGCCAAGACUGCCAGAGCCGAGAGCAAACCCGUUGGACCCACACAACUUUGAAGACAACGACUCUGGACCGUCCAUGGAGCACGCCCCCUGAUAUGAGCAGAGCAGACAGCGUGCACAUCCCCCUGUCCUUGACGAUCUGUUUUAAACCGCUGUCAGCACCGUUGAGCCGUCAAGCUGGCCUCCUCUCUGUCACUCAUCUCUUUCCCUCCCUCCCUCCCUUCUCUUCUCUCUGGGAGGGAACUGACCUUGAAGGAGGCUGCCGUGACAAAUAUGGAUGGCCACAUCUCUCCUACUCGAACUUUUUAAUUCCUCACUCACCACAAACUUUUCUUUUAUUGAAGCAUGCAAGUCAUGUGCAAUCAUUUACCAUCAGGCUUAAUUUCCACAACCAGUCGGCUGGUGGACUUUCUGGUGAGCCUGGCUGAGUCGGAGAGGAGCCGUGCAGAACAUCUGUCGAGCUCCACAGAUGUCAGGAAUGGGGGAAUGUGUGACACGGUGCUUUUCACUCUUCAUUUAUUCACAGUAUGAAUUUGGUUCCACCGUUUAGGCUCUCUGGACACUCAGACUUAGAAAGGGAACAGCAGCUCAGACGCCACAAUGCCUUAUGUUGUGCAGAGAAUAUUUUACGAAGUUUUUCUGGGGUUUUCAAAGAACUAUAGGAUGGAAGAGGAGCUCUCCUUCAUGCUGUACUCUCACCUUUGCCUUUCCUCUCAGCCCUGCCGGAUGUUUCCUAAUCCUUGUAGAUAUUUGUUUGCACUUCCUCCUUCUGUUUGUCAGAUCUAUUAUCAGAAUCAGGAGACAUCUUGACAUCUAUUGAUUGGUGAAUGUUGCUGAGUGUGUUAGAUAAAAAUCGAACUGCAAUUUGACUAUGGCCUCCUGCAUUUCUCAACUCUCUAUGUACUGUAGCGUUAAGGCUCAUUACUCCUGGCCAGUGUGCACCACAUGACGGAUUACCGUCCGGAGACGCAUGCACUUUCUACCUUGACCCGCUCGGCCACAACUUUCACACAUGAUGUACUGCCGCAAGUCUUACUACAUAUCAGCAGUUUGUUUUUAUUAUGAUCGAUUCUGUUGCCUUAAAUUUGUAACUGAGAUCACUGAUAAUAUGCGGGCCACUUUUUACUGCUGUAGCUUUGCACUAAGAUGCUCUGUCGUAUACUUACUCGAGGGAAAUGUUGUCGUCUCAGCAGCCUAUUGGAAAAGCAGCAAGUAUUCUGUGUGUAUUCUACUGGGACAACAGACUGACAGAAGUCUGUAACCAUCUCAUGUUUAUUUGUCUAUUUUGGUCUUAAAUCUGA